AUGACAAAUGCCAUGUCAUGUAACUGUCACAUUGAACAAGUGAGUCUCAUGGCAUCUCACUCAUGGAAUAAUCAAGAAACAACUUUUACUAAUCAUUCUGCAGGUAAGAUCUCUUCCAUCUCAUUGGAUGAAAACAUGACCGUUCUGUUUUUUUCUUUGACAAUACAGAAUUCCCUGUUUAUUUUAAGUCACAAAAUAUUAUUUAUGCUCAAUAAUGAACUACUAUUACUACUAUUUAGCAAUAUGAGCAGUAAUAAACCUCAAACUUCACUGUUCCACUUGGACCUGGAGCUACUGCUGGUAAGUCUCCUGCAGUGA